GGUGACGUCACGCAGGAAAGUACACAUUCGCACGGUUCUGCAUUGACCAGAAAACAACAAGGCUGCACACAUCUCUACCGAGAACAGCUCAUGACACUUUCAUAGAAACCCGAGCUUAGUUACAACAAUGGAGAAACCUCCGUUCAGGCAGAACCAGAACUGCGGAGACUGGGAGCUGAAAGAGAGGCUGGGCAUGGGCGGGUUUGCCCAUGUUUACCUCUAUCAACAUCAUGAAACAAAUGAAAAACUAGCUGUGAAAAUGUGCCGUCUCGAGCUCACGGCAAGGAAUAAGGACAGAUGGAGCAGAGAAAUCCAGAUCAUGAAAAAGUUAAAUCACAUCAAUGUCGUGACAGCCCGAGAUGUCCCGGAGGAAGUGAAGCACAUAGCCUUAAACGAUCUUCCACUGCUGGCCAUGGAGUACUGCUCCAGGGGAGACCUGAGGAAGAUGCUGAGCAAACCUGAAAACUGCUGCGGUCUGAAAGAGAGCGAAGUGCUUUCAUUACUCAAUGAUGUUGGAUCUGGUAUCCAGUAUCUGCACGAGAACAAGAUCAUACACAGAGACCUUAAACCUGAAAACAUCGUGCUGCAAGAUAUCAACGGAAAGCUGGUUCACAAGAUCAUUGACUUGGGCUAUGCUAAAGACCUGGACCAGGGCAGUCUGUGUACCUCCUUCGUUGGCACGCUUCAGUACCUGGCACCUGAACUGUUCGAGAAUAAGCCGUACACUGUCACUGUGGACUACUGGAGCUUUGGCACCAUGGUGUUUGAAUGCAGUUGUGGUUUCCGUCCAUUCCUGCACAACCUUCAACCUGUGCAGUGGGCCAGCAAAGUGAGGAACAAAGGUUCAAAAGACAUCAUGGCUGUAGAGGACCUGAACGGAGAAGUCAAGUUCUCCACACACCUCCCCUACCCCAACAACCUGAGCAGCACGCUGUUGGAGCCGAUGGAGGCGCUGCUUCAGCUGAUGCUGAAGUGGGAUCCUGUCCAGAGAGGAGGCAGAGUCAACACCGACACCAAGAAACCUCUGUGCUUUGAAGUGCUGGAGCAGAUACUGAGUAUGAAGGUGGUUCACAUCCUGAACAUGACCACAGCUCAGGUCUACUCCUUCCAGUUGUCUCCUGACGAAAGUCUUCACAGUCUGCAGAAACAAAUUGAGGCCAAGACCAAGAUUGAAGUGGUGAACCAGGAGCUGCUGCAGGAGACGGGAGUGUCACUGGAUCCCAGGAAGCCGGCCGCACAGUGUGUCCUAGAUGGAGUGAGGGGGUGGGACACCUACAUCGUCUACCUGUUCGAUAAGAGCAUCACCACGUACUCUGGUCCCUUCAGUGCCAGACAGCUGCCUGAUAAAGUCAACACUAUCGUUCAAGAGGCUAAAACACAGCUGCCCCUGGUUGUGUUGAAGAAGGUUUGGGGUGAAGCAGUGAGCUACAUCUGCGGCCUGAAGGAGGACUACAGCAGGCUUUUCCAAGGACAGAGGGCUGCUAUGUUGAGUCUCCUGCGCUACAACACCAACCUGACCAGGUGUAAGAACAGCAUGUUCGGCUUCUCUCAGCAGCUGAAGGCCAAGCUGGACUUCUUCAAGAGCAGCAUCCAGUACGACCUGGAGAAAUACAGCGAUCAGAUGCACUACGGCAUAUCGUCUGAAAAGAUGCUGAAAGCCUGGCAGGAGAACGAGGAAAGAGCUGCCGCUUUUGCACAGGUGGCGGAGGUGAGUCAUUUGGACGAUGAGAUCAUGGCUCUGCACUCUGAGAUCGUUGAGCUUCAGAGGAGCCCGUACGCUCGCCGCCAAGGAGACAAGAUGGAGCAGCUAGAAGAAAAAGCGAUUGAGCUCUACAAGCAGCUGAAGAUGAAAUGCAAAACACCUGAACCAGAUGUGAGCAGUGACAGCUCCGAGAUGGUGAAGGCCAUCAUUCAGACGGUGCAGAACCAAGACAAGGUCCUCAAAGAUCUCUACACCCACCUCAGUAAGAUCCUGAUCAGUAAACAGAAGAUCAUCGACUUGUUUCCACGAAUAGAGAAAACCCUGGAGAGCAUCAAGGAUGCUGACAACACAGUGAUGCAGAUGCAGAUCAAGAGACAGAGGGAGUUCUGGCAUUUACUGAAGAUCGCCUGCGCUCAGAACUCAUCGAGGAACUCGAUAGCAGCGAGUCCCGAGUCGUCCAACCUGCUGCAGGUUUCUCAGUGGUCACAGUCAGCACAGCCCGUCAGCUCCCCACACCCCCUAACAUCCCUGCCUGGGCCAAACGACAGUGAUGCUGCACCGCGGCUGCUGCAGGAGAACCAGAGGUACCUCAGUCAGCUGACCAGCCUGAUGCAGGAGGCCGCUGACGAACAGACCAAAAGCAUCGUGGACCAAGACUGGAGCUGGACCAAGUACGAAACUUUAACCACAAAAUUAAAAAAGAGAAACGCGUGAGCGGCGUGGCGUCCUCCGCCCCCCCGCCUGUGCUCCGAGUAACACUACAGACUGUGAGCUGUGAGCGCGGCAGAGCGCCGUCACGCUGUACACUUAAACAUGGACUGAGGAAAAAAAAAAAAACACUGUCCACUCCCAUCGUCUCACGUGGUGGAAACAAUGAAGCUGCGUCACUUCACUCUUUCCUUUCAUCAUAAAUAUCCAGAAAAGCUGAAGAGGCUCAUCUCUACUGUUAUUGCAAAACUGUAGCACCACAUUCGGGGGUUGAGGUGGACUCGUCGCGCCGGAGAGCGUCGGACAGAAACACGGGAACCAGUUCAAGCUUGUGACACACGAGGAAAACACAGGAAGUGGUCGGGGGUGGGGUGGGCCGAGGAGGAAAUCACAAUCGAGCAAACAGCACUUUGAUCCUCCCGCGUGUCCUCGGAUGAAACGUUCCAGGCCGCCAAAAGUGUCGCAGGAUUUACCGUCGCGGCGAGACAGAAGCUGCCGCUCGUAACCGAUUUGAUAUGUUUUACUACGCAGGGCCUGAGCUCUAGAUCCUCUGGAGAUGUUUUUUUAACUCAGUGUUGUACAUCACAGGUCUGUUGUCAUGACACGCUGUGUGCGACAGCGUCUGUUCUGUCCGUCUGUCUUUACAAUCAGUCGUCUCGAUGCUGCGUUCAUGUCACGUACAGAGGAAGCGACGAGUCAGCGGCCGAGUUUCUGUCCAAAACGUUUGACCAGAAUUGCGAAACGAGGAUUUUUAAAAAGCUGUGGAGCUGAUUGUGUUUGAUGCGUCAAUGUGAGGAAGGUUACGGCGUCUUCAUCGCUCCACGCAGACGUGUCUUCAUCUCUCGCUGUUGUUGAAGUCACAUGCCAGUGCACUGUGGCACUUUUUCAUUUUUGGAUAUUUAGAUGAUUCAUUUUGAAUUUCCAUCGUGCGUCUUUGAAGAGGUGAAUGGAAACUUAUUGAUUUAUCACUGAUUGAUUGAAAGAAAAUGAAUGGUCCUUUUUUUUUAAGCUUUAACAUUCAGAGUGAGGAUUUGCCGCUUUUAUAAACUUGGACAAAACAAGCAGUUUUUCACCUGAAGCUCCGAGAAACGAUUUUCUAAUAAUUCUGAAACAAAAACAAAUCAGUGAAUCAAGAAAAUGAUUUGAAUGAAAUCAGACGAUGAAUCGAUUGUUAAACAAGAGUCACAGUUUGAACCGUUUCCCAUCAACCUUUUUAAAGAUAACGUGUUCGUCUCGCCUCAUUCAAGGUUAUUAAACUCACAGUUAAUGGAUUUCGUGCUUUGAUGUCUGAAGCACAAACAUACACAACCUGAAAUCAAAGAGAAACUGAAACCAGAAGAUUUCGCUUCUGAAACGAUCAAUCAGUUAAAACAUUUGCUGACAAUCGAUCAGUCAGCGUCUCCUUACAGAUGUAAACUCUCUGAACUGUGUCCCACAUGACCUGAACGCCACGCACCUCGUUUCCAUCAAACAUCGCCGCUCAGCCGGCAGCUUCGACCGCAGCGAAACGAGCGCGAGCGAUCGGACGCUCGCAGGAACCCGCUGGAGUAAAGUCCUGCAGUUACGCCGUCAGCUUCGGGCCGGACAGAAACGAACCUUCCGAGUGGUAUUUAUGAAGUUCAAUGGAAAAGAUGUUUGUUUUGUAUUUAAGUCAGUUUGUCGGUUUUCUUUGUUUCCAUCUGAUGGUUUAAACUCGUUACUGAAUGUUUAAUUUUUUGGAAAUUUCCUUGUAUAAAGAUCAAAUGUUUGCCUGGUAAUGAAAUAAAAUGACUUCUGUUGA